UUCACUCUUCGCAUAACUUAACUUGAGCCAAUUAACUACAAAAUGUAAGGUUACUGAAUGGUCAAUUAAUUGUGGUAUGAUAAAAAAGUGCUAUCACAGCUUGAACAAGCGUUUAACACUGGAAUAAAACAGGUUCCAAAUUUACGCACCAUCGCGUUCAGUUUUCGGUGUCCGAUUGCGCGCAUACCGGGUCCGACACAGAAACCGGCUCACAUAGUAAAUUGCAGUCAUGAUGCCUUCCAAGGAAAUCCGAAGCAUCGCAUCGGAUCUUUCUGGAUCGGAAAAUACAACUUUUGCCACAAUUUUGCGCAAAACUAGUUUAAGGUCAUCUCACCCUGCUGCAUGUCAAGCGGUUGACUAAAAGGCAGUCAGUGACCGGAUCGGUGCAUUGCAUUGCAAUGCAAUGCAAUGCUGCAGUGUAAAACAAUUUACGUGGAAAGGAGUGUUGGGGGCUCGCGAGGACACCGAUCUCAGAUUGUCAAAUUUGGGAAUUGGGUUCGUUCUGAGAGAAAGUUGAACACACCCCUCAAGGAUGGCUGGAUUUAGCAGAUAAGUUUUGGUACUUUUAGAAGUACUAUAAAAACACAGAUUCUGCAUUCUGGGAAUCAUUCUCAGUUCGUGAGACAAUCAGUAAACUUACCAGCAAAAACAAAAUGGCAUUUAAGUUUGUCGUUUUGACGACCCUUCUCGCUGCGGCCAAUGCUGGAGUCAUUGCCCCACAUGGUCAUGCAUCGUCUCAUCAAUCGAUCCAGCUCCACCAUUCUGCCCCAGUUCAUCAUGUAGCUGCUGUCCAUGCUGCACCAGUUCACCACGUGGCCGCUAUCCAUGCUGCUCCUGUCCAUCACACCGUCGUGAAGGAAGUCGAGCACCACGCUCCAGCCAACUACGAAUUCUCCUACUCCGUCCACGAUGAGCACACCGGAGAUAUCAAGAGCCAGCACGAAACCCGUCAUGGAGAUGAAGUCCAUGGACAAUACAGCCUGAUCGAUUCCGAUGGCCACCACCGUAUUGUUGACUACCAUGCUGAUCAUCAUUCUGGAUUCAAUGCCGUCGUCCGUCGUGAACCAACCAACGUCAAGAUCGCCCAACCAGUGCACAAGGUCAUUGCUCAGCCAGUGCAUAUUGCCACCCAUGCUGUCGCUCCGGUGCAUCAUGCCACUAUCUCUCACCAUCAUGCUGCUCCCGUUCAUCAUGCCACCGUAUCCCACCACCAGCAUGCGGCUCCAGUGAUUGAGCACGUUUCGCACCACCACGCCGCCCCCAUUGUCCACUCUCACAGCACCCACCAUGUUGCUCCAGUAGUCCAGCAUGUUUCCCAUGUUGCUCCAGUUGCUCACUACAGUCAUCAUGAUGGACAUCAUGCCAGUGGUCACUACAGUCAUUACUAGAAGCAACAAACGCCAUAAUCUAUCUCGUUGAACCUGAUAAAAUAAUGUAGAUAAUUGUUCAUAGAAUAAAACAUCAAUCAUACACUGAAUAUAUCGUAUCUUC